CGGCGUCCACGUAACGCACAUCGCGUAUCUGUUUCGGUAAUGGCGUCCGUGUCUGAGAUGCGCUCGGUUUAGGAAAAAUGAAGCGCAGGAGACUUUAUAACCAGUAAUAAAACGCGAGGUUUCCACACGCGGACUUUGCGUCUGUGUAUUUGCGGCAGGUUCAGGUUCCGAUCUCAGUCGUAACGCGACGCACAGCUCGACAUGAUGAAGCUCAAGUCGAACCAGACGCGCACGUAUGAUGGAGACGGGUACAAGAAGCGGGCCGCCUGUCUGUGCUUUAGGAACGAAACCGAGGAGGAGGUGCUGUUAGUGAGCAGCAGCAGGCAUCCGGAUAAAUGGAUCGUUCCUGGAGGAGGAAUGGAGCCCAACGAAGAGCCAAACGUCGCUGCUGUCCGAGAAGUUUGUGAAGAGGCCGGAGUCAAGGGGAGUUUAGGAAGACUAGUGGGAAUAUUUGAGAAUCGAGAUAGGAAACACAGAACAUAUGUCUAUGUUCUCAUCGUAACUGAAGUUCUGGAGGACUGGGAGGAUUCGGUAAACAUUGGGAGAAAAAGGGAAUGGUUCAAAAUCGACGAUGCCAUACAAGUGUUGCAGUGUCACAAACCGGUUCAGGCCACCUACUUCGCAGCUCUUCAGGAGGGCUGUCUGAAUCGUAACGGUGCGCCCCUAGUGGCCACGAUAGGUGGAGAUCUGUCACCCACCUACAGCAUUAAUCAAAGCUCAGUCUCCGAUAUCAGAUAACUAAUGCAAAACAUCGACACUUAGAUGCUUACUCAACUCGCGCUCUUAUUUUCAUUGUUUUCUUUUUCUUUUCACUCUUAAUUCUUUCAAACAAACACAAACAAUGAUUUGCCAACUCUUUUUGAGUGCCGGGAGAGGGCAGUGACAUCGAGUGUUGGUCGAAUAUUCAAUACAAUGUUUUGUAAAUGUAAUAUUUUUGCUUUUUACAGAUUCGUUUUUUCACGCAUGAAUCCCACGUUGUUUUAGCGUCCUCUACGCGGCCCUUGCGUGGGAUUAAACGAAUGCUACUUUUUACUGUCGUGAUGUAAAAAUAUACACAUGGUGCGCUAGCAUGUGGCUUUCAGUAUUUUUACACAUUCAGUUUCCUAUGCGUGCGUAUGCGUGAGCGAGGUUUUGUUAGUUUUCUGUCUGAAGCGCGGUUGUGGAGAUGUUAGCCGUUUGAAUGCGUGAAAGUUGAAUAGUUUUGCAUGAGCACUGGUAUUUAUUUGUCAUGAUGAUAUGAGUUUAUGUGAUGCGAUGGAUGUUUAACCUGUAUGUCGUGUUAUAAAUAGGUGUUCUUAACUUAGCUGUUUUUUUUUCGUUUGUUUGUUUUACCAUCUUGUAAAUAUCCUUUGGGCCUCCGAACUCACAGAGGGUUUAAUUUAUACGAUUACCUAAUUCAACUGGACUGUAAUUUUUGCAAUUUCACACUUUAAUAUAAAACUUUCCCAAGCAGAUGAUGUUUGCUGGGUUUUGAGUUGAUCUAGUAAAAUGAAUAGACUAUUAUGAUGUGUCAGAAGGAUUUGCGUGACUGUGUUUUUAUGAUGUAAUCUGAAAAACAUUUCAUCUUUAAAGUCAACAUGAAAUCAAAAUUCAGAUUACUUUUUAAGGCACAGAUUGUAUCACAGAAACGGAAAAGAUUUCUUAUGAAAAUGUUAAACAUAAUCCACCUGUGCAAAACAUGUUUUCUCAUUUAUUAUCAUUUUCUGCAUGCGAAAUUGUGUCAUUACCGAAGUUUCAAACGCAGAUUCAUGUUGACUUUUUCUUAAUAAGUGCUUAUCGACAUUUUACAUUUCUUAUCAGUACGGUUGGGUAUCAUUUUGAAUUUUAUUGAUUCCAAUUCUGCAAAUCGAUUCUGAUUCUUUUCUUCGAUUCCAGCGUUGUAAAAAAUGGUCAUUUGGCCUACUUAUUGCUGACUGUUAUGCAAAAUAAUAUAUUUAUGAGCAGGGUUUUACAAAAAGAUGACCGGUUAAUAAUCUCUAUUUGUAUUAUUGUGAAAGUGUAGAUUGAUUAUCAUUUGUAAAUAUCUCAAAAUGGGCUGCUGACAUCUUUCGCCAUUGACAUCAUUUAAAACCACCUUCUGCUAAGUGAUCAUGAGGUGGCGGCCGUGGUAUGAAGGUCGGGAUAUUCCUGUUUGGCUCAUUCACAAACACACAAAUUAAGUCAUCACAUUUAAUAGCAUUUAAUAACCAACUGAGCACUUAAAGAAUGGCAACCUUCCGAUCUCUCUGAUGAAGCCAAUACGGAAGUGAUUAAAUCUGCAGUUCAUUGAUUGGCCACUAGAGGCAGGCUCCAAAAGGGAGUCAUUUCCCAUAGACCUCCAUGUUAAAAUUGCUAACUUUACAGCAGAAAAAAUGUUUACAGCCUGGUACAAAUUUUUUUUUUGGUUUGUAUAGCUAAUUUUGCCCUUCAUGACAACUAUGAGGGUGGUGAAUUUUUUUGUAACUUAUCCGUUUAAAUUAUAUUAAGCCUUGAAGUUCUGCAUAAUUAAGGGCGUGGCCACUUGAGUGACGGUUGAAUUGCCACUGCCUACACUAGAGUUGUGCUAGGCGGGGUUUUAGCUUCCAGCCACCUCAGCUUCACCCACGUCCCGCCUCUUUACCAUUUUCGGAUAUCUGUGAGUGAUGCGCAGUGACGCGCGGCCAAGAUGGCGACGGCGGGCACCGCCUUUUAUUGGCUUCAAAAACCAUAGAUAUGUAUAAAGGCUAGAUGUCCUCCCCGUGCUGCUGGCCAAUUGAGUGGAACGUCUGCAUUUGGUGGCCAUCUUACCACAGGCAGCUCGCUCACUCGUAGCAUUGUUUUAAUGGUGCAGGUACUUUUAAAUGACCAUAACUUGUUUAAUUUUCUACCGGUUUGGUUUUUUAUAAAUGUCAAAGAUGUACCUAUGACACUGCAUUCUUCUACUAAAAAAAUAAAUAUUUCAUGAAACAUGUUAAAGCAUCCAGAAUUAUAGCCACUUUAAUAAUGUUUGUAAGAAACCAAACCGUUUGAAAAUUGGUACAAAAUUUUAGCAAGUAAUGGUCACUUAAAAGUACCUACACCAUUAAAACUUAAUGCUAGGAGUAAGCGAGCUGCCUGUGGUAGAUGGCCGCCAGGUGAUGAUGUUAGAGACUCUGCCGUAACACAUCUAGCCUUUAUACAUAUCUAUGUCAAAAACGAUCUUCAGAAACCUAAAGGUGAUGUCACGGAUACUACGUCCAUCUUUUUUACAGUCUAUGAUGGCAACAUGAUGAUAAAUAACCUUAUUUGACAUGUAAAAAAUAAAAUGUAUUUGUGUACUUAGAUUUUUAGGUUUGGCUCAUGUCACAUUUGUUUACGUGGAGAGGGUGGGGUUUAUGACUUAUACUGCAGCCAGACACCAGGGGGCGAUCAAAAUGUUUUUGCUUCACUUUUCACCGCUGGUUAAACUAUGGUCACUGUAGUUUUUAACGAUUUUCAAGUAAACUGUCGCAGGUCAGAUCUUCACAGAUAACGUGAAUAAAAGAUUCGGAAUAAAACAUUUGCAUGCAGGAAUUGAAAUGUCCAUUUUGUAGUAAGGAUCCGAUUCCAGAAUUGGAAUCGAUUCUCGAUUCCCAACCCUACUUAAAAGACACAUCCAGUUCAUGUUUUCUAGUCUUUUAUUGAACUGGUGAGUUGAGUAAGUUCUUCUAUUUCACUUACUCUCCAUAGAUUAAGUCAAUUUUUCGGUCAGAUGAAGGUCUUCUUGAUAAUAUCUAUCAAUAUUAUCAAGUGUUAAUAUAACCUCAUGGGUUUCAACCUCAUGUGAGUCCACAUCUUCAAGACAUAGAACCUCUUGACAUAGAGAGACGAGAAGCUGCACAAUUCAACAAAGGAUUUAGUUUUAGCUUGUAAAAUAGUUUUUACAUCUUCUCGUAUGCUUUAAAACAUCAAGUAUGUCUUCAAAGCCAAACCGCUUGCUCGGCCAGUCUCUUGGAAGGCGGCGGUUGGUGCAAUACUGUGAAAUUUGAGCCACUGUAAUUGUUGAUGUCUUUCCCCCUUGUACAGAUCAAAAGCAAAUUUUCGAGUGCUUGUCGUUAUGAUGUAUAGAUUCUGGUACACGUGAGGUUGUAGGUGACCCGAACUGUUGAGGGUUAUUUACUUAAGCUUGGAAGUGCAUUUAUAAUGAAGUUUCUUAUCAAGUACAUGUUUCAUUCAAGAUUUCAUGUUUUUAUUGUUAGUGGACUGCAAAGUAAUGAUAAACCCAAGAUCCAAGUAAAUGAAAGUGAUUUAUAAUGCCUGUGGUUAAUAUCUUUCUAUACUAAUGUCAUGCAUUUAAAAAUCCACUUCUGGUGUAGCAUGAAAUACUUGAACUGGAUUGUCAGAUUGUUUUGUUGAUUUACGUGUUGAUGGUCAUACUGACGUGAGCCUCAUUCUCAUGAUUCAUUGGUGGGUGGCUGAAGAUGUUUAGUGUAUGAAGUUGACACAGCUGCAUCAAUCACCAGGUUACAGUAGACGGUUUAUCUUAAGCAUGAUUUGACAAAAAUCAGAUUUCAAAUCGUAACCAAGCAUAGAAUUGAUCAGAUGAACGCCCCAUACAAUUAAAAAGCACUUUAAACGUCAUACUUUCAUUAUUAGACUUUGAAUGUAAAUCUCUGGGUCGUUUACAUCUUUUUGGCCCCAAAAUGGUUUUUUAAAACAUUUUCAUUCAAACAUGCUGUCAACUGGUGCAUAUGGGAUGUUGGAACUAUGAAAUCCAUGCAAAGAUCUGCCAACACUCCAUCAAAGCUGUGACCCUUACACUUGGACAGGUGGAAUACCACUGGAAUAUGUUGCUUUUUUAUUUUGGGAUUGUGAAAUCAAGCAGUACGAGAAUGUAAUAUAAUUGUGCCAACUAAUAAAAACCAGUAUUUGA